AUGUUCAUGUUGGCUACAAUGCAGUGCAAGACUGACAAGGAGUGCUGCACAGUGCCAGAGGGGGGGAAAUUGGGGGGAGAAUUGCAUGCUGCAUCGAUUGUGCAUGCAAAGAAGGGUCAGGGCUGCGUGAAGUGUCAAUUGGCUGCUCAUUUACUAGGUUUGAUAAUUUGGCGUGAACGUGUGCAAAGGUUGUGUUGCCAUGUCGGCGUUUCGAUGGGCUUUCGCUGGCCGCUGGGAACGAAUCGCGGCGAAUUGCUAACGUUGUCGGUUGAGUUGUGUUGUGAACCGCGCGCUUGGCAAAGGUGCCGCGCCGCUGCUGUGAUCACGCUGGCACAUUGUGACAUGUACAUUAAUCGUUGA